AGCUGUUCAAAUGAUGAACGCCGAAAGAGGGUGUUGACUUCGUUUUCUCUUUUCUCUUCUCUGUCACUCUGUCUCUGUUGAGUUGUGUGUGGUUCAGAGUUUAGAGUUCUAGCCUAAUAAUUUUCUGUGAGGAGUGAUUAGAAUAUUAUUUUAAUAGGCCAGUGAAAAUGUAAUUAUUUUUCUCUUAAUCUGUUAUUUUUAUUUUAAGAUGAUUGUUUACAGUCAAGUUGUUCUUUCAGUGAUUACAUAACAAGCCUAGAAUCUUGAGUUUACUAUUUUCUCUGUAGGCCUAGUGCAGACUCUUCUUGACAUCUGGUAUGGCUCUAAAAAAGGUUAGAGGUAACUUGGAACGGAUGUUUGAUAAAAAUCUGACUGACUUGGUGCGUGGUAUAAGGAACAAUAAAGAUAAUGAGGCAAAGUAUAUUGCGCAGUGUAUCGAAGAGAUCAAACAGGAGUUGCGUCAGGAAAACUUGGCCGUCAAGGCUACGGCUGUUGCCAAACUCACCUAUCUCCAAAUGCUCGGCUAUGAUAUGAGCUGGGCUGGCUUCAAUGUGAUAGAAGUUAUGAGUUCUUCCAAAUUUACCUAUAAAAGGAUCGGCUAUCUCGCAUCCUCACAGAGCUUCCAUUCUGAAACUGAUCUGUUAAUGUUGACAACGAACAUGAUGAGGAAAGACCUGAACAGCCAGAACCAGUACGAUGCGGGUCUGGCUCUUAGCGCGCUGUCCUGCUUCAUCUCGACGGACCUGGCGCGUGACCUUGCCAACGACAUCAUGACCUUGCUCACCUCCACCAAGCCCUACCUGCGCAAAAAGGCCGUGCUCAUGAUGUACAAAGUCUUCCUGCGCUUUCCCGAGGCGUUGCGACCCGCUUUUCCGCGCCUCAAGGAAAAACUCGAGGACCCCGACUCGGGUGUUCAGUCGGCCGCAGUCAAUGUUGUCUGCGAGUUGGCUCGCAAAAACCCCAAAAACUACCUUAGUCUGGCGCCCGUCUUCUUCAAACUCAUGACAACCUCCUCCAACAACUGGAUGCUCAUCAAGAUUAUCAAACUGUUUGGUGCAUUGACCCCUCUUGAACCCCGGCUUGGUAAGAAAUUGAUAGAGCCCUUGACCAACCUCAUCCACAGUACUUCAGCGAUGUCACUUUUGUAUGAAUGUGUCAACACAGUUAUAGCAGUUCUCAUAUCAAUAUCGUCGGGAAUGCCGAACCACAGUGCAUCAAUUCAGCUAUGCGUACAAAAAUUGAGAAUUUUGAUAGAAGACUCUGAUCAAAAUUUGAAGUAUCUAGGCCUAUUGGCAAUGUCAAAAAUCUUGAAAUCACACCCGAAAUCGGUUCAAUCGCAUAAGGACCUAGUCAUGCAGUGCCUUGAUGAUAAGGAUGAGUCUAUUCGACUGAGAGCGCUGGAUCUGCUCUAUGGAAUGGUUUCAAAGAAAACACUAAUGGAAAUAGUGAAAAAGCUUAUGCUUCACAUGGACAAAGCAGAGGGCACUACCUACAGAGAUGAACUCUUAUCCAAGAUAAUUGAUAUAUGCUCGCAGAAUAACUAUCAAUAUAUAACUAAUUUUGAAUGGUACGUGAGCGUGCUGGUGGAGCUGACCCGAAUGGAGGGCACCCAGCACGGGCCACUGGUGGCCGCCCAGAUGCUGGAUGUGGCGGUGCGCGUGCCGGCCAUCAGGGCGUUCGCCACCCAGCAGAUGGCGCUGUUGCUGGACAAUGCGCAUCUCCUCACCCAGCCCGGAUCCAAAAUGGCUGACGUGCUCUAUGCGGCCGCCUGGAUUUGCGGAGAGUUUGCCCUAGAACUGGACGAAGCAGAGGCGACGCUGUCGGCGAUGCUGGGCAGCCGAGUGACGGAGCUGCCCGGCCACAUCCAGGCCGUCUACGUGCAGAACAUCCUCAAAGUGCUGACUGUGCUGCUGGCCAAGGCCGAGCCAGAGGUGGCAGCGCGCUGCUGUCGCACCGUCACCGACCGACUGCCGCACUUCGUGUCCAGUGCCGAUCUUGAAGUGCAGGAACGUGCCAGUUCAGCGCUGCACCUGGUGGAGUUUGUGAGCUCGCAGCUAGAGGGGGGCGUCGACGUGCGAGUUAUGGCUUGUGAGAUGGCCGCCCUGUUUGCCGGCGAGUUGAAUCCUGUCGCGCCAAAGGCUCAGAAGAAAGUGAAAAUCCCAGACGGCCUGGAUUUGGACGAAUGGAUCAACGAUCCUCCCGAAUCAUCGGGCGAAGAGGACUUUGAAGAGGACGACGAAGAUGUGAAAAGGACACUUGGUCCGGUCACCGACCUCUUCGUCAAGAACCCCUCCUCCCUUGAACCGCGUCCCCCUCCUGAGCCGACUCAAGAGGAGAUGUUGAAGAUAAGAGAGGCACGCAAGCUGGAGCAGGCCAUGAACCCAAACUAUCUGAAGCCGUCUAGUAAUAAUAGUAACAUCAAUGACGUCACCAGCGACAUUCCCGUUGCUCAGAUCGAACUGGAUGUGCCGCUCAAGAUCAAAGGACUGACGUCAUCAGAUAAAUACCUGUCAAAGAAGAGCGACAAGAAGAACAAACGCAAGAAGAAGAAAAAGAAAAAGGGUGCGCUGGAUGAGGAGUCUAGCUCGGACGAGGGGGGGCUGGAGAUGAACAUGGAGGUGCAUGUGAUAGGGGGGAUCGGGGAGAUGCCGGAGGGCGCCCAGGACUCGGAAGGGGAGAGCAGCGACAACCAUGACCAGAAUGACCCACACAGGGCGCUCGACAUCAACUUGGAUGAACCACUAAGAGACGAAGAAAAACUACCUGUGAUUGAACAUAGACUUCCAGUUGAGAAUAGUAACAACAAAUCUAAACAUUCCAAGAAGAAAAAAAAGAAGGAAGCCACCGUAGAAAGAAAUUCUAGUGAUUACCAAGAAGUGCCGUUUUGGUCGAAACCUGUCAAGGAGAAAAAAUCAUCAAAGUCGAAAAAAAGUAAAAAGUCUAGUGAAAAUGAAGACAAGCCAAAGAAACAUAAGCAUUUUUCCAGUAAAACUAAAAAAGAAAAGCGAUCAAAAUCCAACGUAGAUGAACUAGUAAAAUUGAAAGAUGGCUACGAGGAGGCCAUGGGAAUUUCGACACCUUCGAAAGAGAUGCUCUGUCUGUCCUCUGCGUCUCCCGCUAAUCGCCUCGCCAGUGAUAAAGUAUUGACUGUGGAGUAUGAAGUUAGAUCGGAGAAUGAACAGAAGCAAGGACGGGCUGUGGUCUCGUUAAUGAUAAUUAAUCACAGCAUGAAUCCUGUCAAAGAUAUUGAAAUGUGUGUUUCCGAAUCUGCUGAUAUUCAUCUUUUAGAUUCUAACGGCUCACGUACAAUGAGCCUCCCAUUAGGAAUUACGUUGAGACCCGGUGGAUAUGAACAGUGCCUAGUAAAUAUUCAAGUUAUGAAUAUAACUACAGCUCAGAAAUUACGAGGAACAAUUUCUUAUAUUCAACAGGGUGACGACGGUUCGUCGCAAGAUAAGAUGGACUUUUGGUUGAGGGUGAACGUGUCGGCGUUCCUGUCGACUGUGAUCAGCAACUCGGAUGCCUACUCUGACCUCCUCUCCAGCGGCCAACUUGUCCAUUCUGCAAACCUAAACCUUAGGCCUGUCGUCAAUAAAGAUUUCCCUCAGGUGUUAACGUUACUGUGCAGUCGAUGCAAGCUGGGCAUCGUGGAGCAGAUAGAAAGCAGCGCUUCGCUCUACUGCUGGACAGAGCAGGGUCAUCACGUGUGUCUGCUGCUCAAGUCGGAGCCGACCCAUCUGCUCAUCGAAGGCCGCACCAACAACAAACCGCUGCUCUUUGCGCUGCUGGCCGAAAUCGAAGCCUUCUUUGCAACCUGACCUACCAUCCUCAUCCUCAUCAGCCUAUUCCAUCAACAAGUCUCUUCAACAUCGAUUUGUAUUAUGGUAUCACCACUACACAGUCCUGAGUUUCAGUCGAUUUUUCAUAAUUAUAAACUUAAUGUUGAAUGUUUCCUAACGAGUAUGAUAAUCAUAAUCAUAAUCAUCAGUGGUGAGAAGGAAGAAGAAGAAGGAUGAUAAGCAAAAGAAGAUGAGAAAGUGAUGGGAAGCGAUUCUCUUCUCUUUCUCUCCAACUUUCUUCUCCUGUUCUUUUCCCACCCCUUCUCAUAUUGAUCAGCAUUAUUAUUAUGUUGAAAUCUACUUACAAAAUUGGGUUCUGAUUAUUGUCUUUC